CACACACAGAGAAGUAAACACACUGCGUCCAAACCAUACACACAGCUACAGGCAAGGUCUUUAUGCAGAGGGGAUUUGUAUGCAUACAUAUAUAUCCCAGUAUACAGAUCUGAAUAGAGCAUGCCAUUCUGUGUACUGGCUGUACAUAUACUCCAAGCUGUCUGGCAGAGUUUUGUGGUUUUUCUUUUAGCAAUAUCCAUUGAGGCAUUUUAGAACUUAAUGUGUCAUUUUAGCUGCCAAAACAUUUUGUAUACUUUUUAUCUGACAUCAUUUGACCAGGCAAUUAUAUCUUCAUGAAUGCAAUUUACUAAGUUUUGAUCAAGGGCGAUUGUAGUUCUACAAAAUGUAUAUUGCUUUAUACUCAGACAUAAUUGAGACACUGCGACAAGCAAGGAUAUUACUUUGGGAUUAGUAUCUCAACCACCAGCAACCAUCGAUCAUAGCAUAUUGGUAAUACCUGCAACUUCGCCAACACUACUAUAGCAACAUGCACCUACAACCACCAGGUUGCUAACAAACUUACAGUCUACCCCUGCAGGCAACAACACCAGUAUCAUCUUGCAUCGUGUAUCAUUAGCAUCACUGACAACAACUAGGUAGCACUUCAGCAACAUUGCCUACCACUUCCCAACUGCAGUUGCAUACCACUCCUACAACACGCAAGCAGACUCAUCAUCGGCUGAUAAAAAGUCAGACGCGAUUCAUUCAUGUGGAAAUGAGCCAUCACAACUCUCUACCACACCUACAACAUCAGCAAUGGCAGUAAAGACCACAUCAGCAAUACCAUCAACUGCAUCAUCUGACCAUGAAAGUCAUAUCAUUCAAUCAAAAUCAAGCUUUGCAGAGGUAUUGAAUCUACAAAACACAAGCACACUGACGGCAUCAUCCUGCAAUGAGCAAACAACCAGUUUCGGUACCAUGCAACCUACAACCCCUGUUGGCAACACAGACAACUCAUUCCCAAAGAUUCCACUUUCUCAAGCAGUGGUUAAUGCAAAGAGGAGUUGCCAACAAAAUGGGCAAACUCCUGAACAUGCAACAUCUCUGACAACACCAACCACACCUGACAGUCAAGCAGCCACACCUACCACUACCAACAGUCAAACAGGAACUUGUUCAGAGCAGAAGUAUGCAAGCGGAUCGGUGUCGUGUUCAGAACCUUAUUCAUCAACAAUCUCGACUUCAGCAACUGCAACAACAACUCUACCAUCAAACCGAAUACGACCUGCUUCUUCAUCCCAACCCAAUGUGUCACAGCCAUUUCACCCAGGAAAGCUUUCUCGCAACCAGUUACCCCUUGAUAUGAAGAUUGAAGCUAUACGUCUGAGGGAGGAGGAGGGGCUAAGUGCGCGGAGCAUCAUGGAGAUCAUGAAUAUGCAUGGGUUUAAAUGUGGAAAGACACAAGUGCAAAACAUCUUGAAGCGUAAAGAUGAAUGGAUUGAGCAAUAUGCACAAAAUGUACCGCUUUCUCGCAAACGGAAGCUGCGUAAGACAGGCAAUGAGGAGAUUAACCACAAGGUUUACGAGUGGUUUGAAGGCGCUAUAGACCGUAUGAUACCGGUGAAUGGACCAAUGUUGCAACAGAAAGCGGUGGAGAUAGCGAGGGAGCUUGGUAUAGCGGAGUUCAAGGGAUCAAACGGAUGGUUGGAAUCGUUCCGAAGGCGGCAUAGUAUCUCCUUCGGGAAAGCAAAGGGAUUGGAAGGAGAAAGCCCAGCCAGUGCCUUAAUGAUUCCAAAGAAAUCUUCAAUAUUCGAAAAAGGUUCCCUUGGAAGCAAUGGAGAAACUUUGUCAAAAGAGCUCCCACAAAUGAUAGUUGGGGAAUACAUGAAGAAGGAUACGUCUAAAAGUUCUCUGCAAACAGGGGCGAUAGACGCAAAUGGUAGCCCUAAACUUUUGGCGAUGUUACUGAAGAAGAAGGGAAAUGAUUGGUGUAAAAUCAAACAGGAAGACACUGCCAGGCCAGAGAAAGGUCAGAAUGAGAAGGAUGAAGGAGAGAAGAAAGACAAGGAGGAGACGAAAGACAAGGAGGAAAAGGAGACUUCGAGCAAUCUUAAGUUUAAGUCCAUCCAUCACGUUGCUGAAGCACUGAGGGAAAUGAAAAUCUUUUUUGCUACCAACAACUAUUCUCAUCUUCUCGAUAGCUGUUUGGAUCUUGAGGAGCAGGUUACACUGGAAAGCAUUGCAAGGAAAGAGGCAGAGGAGAAGGCUACGGUCCUUGAUCACCUGCACCCCUUGGACACCCGACCCUCAUCUAACAUGGAUCCCACUUAACUUUAGAGCUACAUGUACAUGCAGGGGCUGUUGAACGGUUUUGAAAGUCGGAUGGGGGGUUGAGUAUGCAAAGAAUUACAAUUAGAUAGUCAUUUUUAGGUUUAUGUACAUGGUUUUUAUGAACACUUGGGGGGCAAAAUUUCCCCCCCCCCGUUCCGCAGCCCCUGAUAUGUACGUGCAUGCAGACAGAUAUUGACACUCAACCUUCAAUAUAUUCUUAAUUUCAGCUGAAAAACUGAUGUAUAACUGUCAAAGGGAAAGUUCACCCUGACGUCGAGUUGGUUAAAAUUGAUACAAGUUGAAAACAAAAGAAAUAAAUUAGUGAGAUUUGGUGACAAUCCAUUAAAGAACAUAGUGAUUAAUUUUUUCAUAGUUCUUACUUUGUGAUGUCACAUGCAAGCAGCUCCCCAUGUGUCAUUUUCUAAGAAAUUGAAAAUGAUUAUUAUAUCAUCAGACCUAUAUAUCAUCUCUUAUCUGCUUCAAAAGAUGAACUAGUUGGUUAUCAUAAUCCAUUAAAAAAUGGGAAUUCAUGGAAUUCAACAGCUGCUUGCAGAUGGUGCCACUAAUUCAAAAUUAAGAAAAAUCAUAACUAUCUGUUUUCAUUUAUUGAUUUUCCUCACACCUUCACUAGCAUUUUUCACAAUUUUGUCAACUUUUUGUUAAAACACCUGUAUUGUCAGAGUGAACUUCCCCUAGUAAUCUUUGGUUAGCAUUUCAAACAAUUAUCUUUGCGCGUAUAUUUAAUGUAUUUUACUUAUAUAUAUACAGGAGGGGCACUACCAUAUAUGUUUUUGACUUUAAUAAUUGGAUAAUUCUGAUUAAUUAUCAAAGUAAACAGCUUGCCAUACACCAUAAAAGAGCCUUAACAGUUACAUAUAAUUUUAUGUUAAACACUUAUACCAAGUUUCCAGAAGAAGCAAAAUUAUGGAUGUUAAACCUUUUGCCUUAAAGGGGGAGUUCACCCAAAAAAAGUUUAUUUGUAAAAAUACCAUACAAAUAAUAAAAAGAUAUUGAUGAAGGUUUGAGAAGAAUUCAUCAAUAUGAGAUAAAGAAAUUUAUUAGUAUUUUAAGUUUUUGAUUUGUGACGUCAUAUAUGAGCAGCUGCCCCAUAUGUUAUGUAAUAUAUAACAUGCCUAAGUUUCAAUUUGUUAUGGUUCACGAUGACUUUUUUUCUUUCAAGAGUGGGUGUGAGAAAAUUUGUUCAUAUACUGAAGGUAAAAUAAAAACAAUUUUCAUUUUUUUGAGACAAUUACAUUUGAUUGUUCUUUAUAAUACACGAUAUAUGGGGAAGCUGCUCGCAUAUGACAUCACAAAUAAAAAAAAUAGAAUUCUAAAGACCUUUUAAAUCUUUGAUGGAUUUUCCUUAACUCUUCAAUAAAAUUUUUAAAUAUAUUUUUCUGCUAAUUGUCUGCUAUUUACAAUAAAAUGUUUGUCAGGGUGAACUUUCCCUUAAACAAAAUGUCAAAUUAUUUGUUUGCAUUGUUAGUGUAAUGAGGCAACUUGUUAAAAAAAAAGAAUGAUACCGAGAUCUUUAAACUUGAUAGAGGGGUUUAUAUAUGGUUCAUUUCAUAAAAAUCCAUUCAAACUUGAGCAACAGAUGAGAAUAGAAUUGUGUUGAGAAUGUUCCUCCAUACAUGCUGUUUGGGCAUAAGUACCCUGAUGUAAAUGCAAAACAGUGAAAACAGAUGGGCUUUCCUAAAAAAUCAUUUGUGGCCAUAUGAAAGGCCAGUUUCAGCAAAAAAAAUUUGCGAAGUGCGAAUUUUCAAAAUGAAUAGAUUCAGCGAUCUUGUUGUUAUCCUCAUCAAUCAACACUUUAACAAAUACUGCAAUAAAUCGUCAAAUUUUAACCAGUGAUUGCAUUAAACAUCAAAAUUUAACCAAUGGUGUUGUAAAAUAACAAUUUAAUAUCCAUCAUUUUUAACACCAGUUACAUUUUAUUGGGCAUAAGAAACCUAGAAUUAUUCAACACAUGUUAAAUACAAUAAUACCAUAGUAAUUUCUCUAAAUUCGUUGGGAAAUAAUGCUUGUAAAUACUACUUCACAACAGUUCAACUGAUAUAUUAUUCAUAGGAUGGGUUUGUUGUUCCAAUCCAACUGUUUCAUUAAAGGGAUGGUCCAGGCUGGAGAUAUUUUUAUCUCAAUAAAUAGAGUAAAAUUCAGAGCAAAAUGCUGAAAAUUUGAUCAAAAUUGGAUAACAAAUAACGAAGUUAUUGAAUUUUAAAGUUUUGCAUUAUUCCCGGUGAAACAGUUCUAGGCAUGUCUUUAUGAAUAUUAGGUGGGCUGAUGACGUCAUAUCCCCACUUGUUCUUUUGUAUUUUAUUACAUAAAAUCAGGUUUAUUCAACAUUUUUCUACCAAGAACUAAAACAAUUAGAUUGACAACUGAUUGAGUGCAUUUGUUAUUUACUGCCGCAACUUAUUUCAUGAUAAUGGAGACAAAUCAUUUAUGCAUGUAUGAAAAAAUGAAACAUGUAUGAUUUCAUGUACAUAACAUAAAAAAAGGAAAGUGGGGAUGUUACAUCAUCAGCCCACCUAAUGAAUUAAUAUUCAAGACGAUUUGCAUAUAUAACUGUUUUCACAAUAUAUUGAUAAACUUUGAAAUUCAAUAACUUUGUUACUUGUUACUCCAAUUUUGAUGAAAUCUUCAGCAUUUUGCUCUGUGAAUUUUACUCUAUUUAUUUAGAUAUAAAACUUUCAUCCCGGACCAUCCCUUUAAGUUGUUUAUUACAGUUAUGCAUCUCUCUUUAAAGAAUAUCACAUGAGUCCACACUUUUUCCUAAGAUUGGAAGUAGGCCUACUGGGUGAUGAAGAUGUACCACAAAUUGCACUAAAAUGUGAAGACCAACCAUAGAAUGGACAAUGUCAUUAUUACAAUUUAAAAAAAGAACAAGAUUAUAGAGAAGUCGUGCAGGGAUUUGUUUUAAUACACACAGUGGUUUAUACAUGCAAAAGCCAAGUCACAUUAAAAUGACAGAGCUGAUGAUGUCAUAGUUUAUAAUAUGAAUAAUAAAAUACUUCGAUUUUUGCAGAUUAGACAAUGAGGACCCUCUUGACAUGAUCACAACAACUUGCAACACUGGCAAUUUGAAAUGUUUAGGAGGAAACAAAUAAUAAGCUUAUAUUAUGAGGAAAAACAAAAUAUUUCAAAUUUCAUACAUUAAAGUAAAUGCAAAAGAAUAGCAAUACUGUGAAUUCAUCAGUUCACUUGUUGCAUAUUAUCCUCUUGUGCAUAUAAAUUAUGUUUUGUGAAAAUGCAUGAAAGCAAAAACUGAAAAUGUCACAUUUUUCUUACUUCACAUCCAAUUUUUUCAUGUACAAUUUCAGUAAUAUCAAAUGCUUGUUUGAUUUUUUUAUUCAACUUUUUAUCUACUUAAAAAUGACUGAGAAUACUGGCUAGCACAUGCUACAUGUACCAAGUCAUUUGUAAUGUUGAUUGUUGCUGUGAGAGGAGGCUAAUGAAAAAUCUUCUUGAAGCUCAAGAUGGAGCAAUAAAGAGGGAGAAAGAAAAUAGGGCAAGGGAAAUAUGGCAAGUGGAGGGAUAUGUAAUAGAAUAAAGGAGGGGAAGAGAAUAGAUGGUAAGAAAAAUCCAGAUUGAAGGAGUGAUGUGGAAGAAGGGAAAAGGAGUGAAAAGGCAUAAUAUAAGAGAAAAGGAGGUAGAGGGGUGUAUAGGGCAUGGUAGACCAGGGGGAGAGAAGCAAGGGAAGGAAAGAAAAUAGAGGACAAAGAAAGGUAGGGAUGAAAAUGAGCGAGGCGUAAGAAGAAAAAUUUUGGAAAAGAGCAUAAAGAGAAGUAGAGAAAAAAAAAUGUAGCUCUAGGGAAGGUAAAGGUAUGUAAACCUAUACAGAGAGUGGAAGAAGUAUGAAGAGGGAAUAGUGAAAAGGAAAAAAAGAAAUUUGGAGGGAGAGAAGGGAAAAGAAAGGUAUUAGAAUAGUCUUAUAGAGCAUAAAGGUAAAGAUAGAAAGGUGUGCAGAAAGGGAAGGGAUGAAAAGCACUAAUUGAAAGGAAAGGAAUCGGAGAGUUUGAAGAAAAAGGAAUAUAAGGAGAGAUGGGGAGGGGAGGAGUCAAGGGAAAGAGCAAAGGGAUAAGGAGAUAAAAGGAAAGGUAAGGAGUAGGGAUAGGAAUGAAGAAGGAAAGAGAAGGAGGGAAGAUUAAGACUAUCAAAAGUACAGGGAUAAAAGACUCUUGGGGUAAAGAUGGAAGUAUGACAGACAUAAGGGGUAGAGGAAGAAGGGAGAAGAGGGAUGCAAGCUGGAACAAAGAAAAAUCCCAAAGAAUGUAUAGGGUGAAAAAGAGAAAUAAAGAUACAGACAACCUGAAGAGCAGAACGAUAAGAUCACCCAUAUACAUGUAAUUUUUGGUUGUUGAUAUUAGUUAUAUUCUUGCUUACUCUACUUACUUCUUUCUAUUAAUAAAACAGUGACACAACAUUUGCUCCUGCGACAUUUGCUCCGGCCUUAAAGGACAAGUCCACCCCAACAAAAAG